CUUUGCUGAGUGCACCUGCCUCUGGGUGAGGCUGAACUACCAGUACACCGGCCUAAUUAAUCCAACUGCCCCCAUUACGGUGCUGACUUCAACUGCACCUCAUCCGCUUCCUCUCUCGUGGGCUCAUCGCCAUCGCGGCGACUGCUCGUCCACACGCAACGCCGCCUCAGCAAAACGUACCAUCUGGACUGCCUUGACCAACAACUCGUCGGCGACGUAACCCCUAUAGCUCGCCUUCUCACUUCGCACCCGCUACUGUCGUCGUCUUCCGAGUGUCUCAGGUCUCUUUGGGAGGAGGUUCAUGUGGUGCAGCGAGUGCUGACGCGUGGUUGCCGAAAAUGGCUCCUCCAGCAGCAUCGUCUGAGGGUAUUACCGCCCAAUCAGACCUUGGCGAAUCUGACGACAGUUCAUCCUUUUUAAAACGCUCAAUUGAUAUGGACCGGCUGAAGCCAAAACGAGAGAUGUUAUCCCUCACCAACCGCGCGACACUGGAGCGCCGCUCAUUAUCAGGAGGAGGGGUUGCUGGAGUCGUUAUUGGUGUUAUUAUCGCCGUCUUCCUCGUCGGUGUCUGCGCCUACCCAUUCAUCGUUCGGAGGAGAAGAGCUAGGAAACAUGGAUUGCCCGAACGUCUCGACACGGAAACGACCUUCGUCCCCGGGCCUAUGGGGCCUUCUGGACAGGCGCCGGCGCCCGGACCCGGACCCGGAGUCAACAGCCGUCUUUCUUCAAAAGAUUCCUUUGGGAACAAGGCCGACACUUUGAGGGGGACAGAGAGACAGUCUACCAAGGAUACCGCCCUAUCAUCUCACAACGGCAUCGACCGUCCUCCCAGCGAUGAACUGAGCAGCCAGCACCAGCGUGGCUUCACCGGCGACAGUACUCAUCCACCUAGUGUCACGACGAGACGCGGCACAACCGAGUACUCUUUUGGACAUGCGCCCACAUGGAACAGCGAGUCGUCCUAUCCAUGGACCCCCGUGGGUGUAGAGCUGGUUGCUACUCGAGCCGACGGCAUGGACUAUACCGAAGCCAAUCACGGACACAGCGCGACCUACUACAGCCCAACUAUUCCUUCAGAAGCCUUUGGCAUGGUCACGCCGCCUCCGACCGACGAGCCUCAAAGUCGCGCACCACUCCCUCGACGAUCAAGCUCUCGAGGAAGCUCGUUCAAGCUCAACCUAGCGAGCAUGAUACGUCGUAUGAGCACCAAGGACUCCGCGACCACCCGCUCAAAGGGCCACCCAUCACAACCAUCGCAGCCCGUUCUUAGCGAAACACUAUCAGAUUCUCCUACUGAAUUUACUGGCCCAUCGUUCGGGACCGCUCAGCUGGAUUCGCCUAUUCACCUACCUGUUAGCCCCAUGUCGGAGCCGGAGGAUCCUAGCCACGCUUCGGAUGUGGAAAAGAAGAGAGCAGUUAAGCCGACCGAAUCCCCUCCUGUUCUUCCUCCAGCUGUACCGGCUCCUGGGACUGUAAAUCCAAUGGACAUCAUGGCACCAUCCAACCCGACAGAGCACAAGUGGAACACGAACCAGCAGCUAUUCAAUAUCGCGCAUCCGCCCCCUAAGCCGCCCGUCGAGAUUACGAAGCCAGCACCAGAACCGCCGCAAGCAUCACAAGCUCUUACACCACAAUCACCGGAACAGUCAUACGAACAGCAGGAGCAGUAUAUCCUUCAGCAACAGCAGCAACAGGAACGUCUCCGUCAGCAACAAGAAGCAAAUGGACCACCAAAGUUGUAUGAGAACGGACAAUCCCAGGCGAUGAACUGGAACCUCACAAAUGGCGGCCAUGCGAAUGGCGCUAUUCCAGAUGUACAGAUGAACGAUGUCGCGCAAUUACCUGAUCCCACCCACCUCAUGCCUGAUCAACACAAUCAACAUAACCAACACUACCUCGAUGGCGAAAUAACCGACCCAUCCGAUCACUCGCCGCCGGUAGCUGGGCAAACCAGCUCCGGCCCUUCUUACCAAAGCACGCCAAACACCCAAAUCGACAGCAGUCCGUCUCCGCGAUCAGACGGCAGCUCGGAUAUUCGCAAUAGCACGUCGCCGUACCCAGGAAUGCAGCCGUCUCCUCGAACAUUCAUUUGUGACGAAUGUGGCAGAUUUUUCGACCAGGUCCACAAGCUGAAUCACCACAAACGAUACCACGAGAGGCCUCAUGAAUGUGCCCAUCCGAACUGCGGAAAGAGGUUCGGUACUAAAACACAUCUGGACCGUCACAUCAACGAUAAACACAAGAAGACGAAGAAGUUCCAUUGCACCGUCAGCACCUGCCCCUAUUCCAAGGCGGGAGGCAAGUCAUUCCCGAGAAAGGAUAAUUGGAGACGGCACAUGAUGAAUAUCCACCAAGUCACACCAAUGGGCGACCCAGAACCCGACAUUGUCGACGAGAAUAUGGGAGGAACAUAGGGUUGGGAUUCUUAUAAGCUUUUCUACACGCAGAAACAAUGCCACCGAUUCAGGGGAAAGGGGGCAAUAUCGCCCUACAGACGAGGCAACGCUUGGGAAGUGGUCUGUCGAAAUGACGGACAAGUGACUUGCAAGCGACGACCGCCUUUGCUCUUUGUGAGCAUGUAGCAGGGUUGGGGGUGAGUGAGAAGGACCGACCACUUGAAUAAGGCACCCUCCCAUCACGGAUCGGGCCUAGUUACGGGUCUAGGCAUCAUUCGUUUCGUCGUUGCCUAUGAGCAAUUCGUUACAUACAUCAUGGUUGCCUCUCGAGGAGGGAGUAAAAAUAAGGGGACAACACAGGUACAUUCUUUUAUCGGGUGCUGCAACAGCAGCAGUCUGGCGUUUGGAGGCUCACGGAGAUUGCCGCCAGGGUAAAUACUGUAGAAAAAGGCCAUAAAAAGCAUCACGGGAGGGCG